CAGGGUGGGGGAUUUCAGGUGCUGCUAGCAGGCCGUUGCUGGAUGGGCUACAUAAGCAGAUUAUUUUGUCAUUUUAAUUUUUUAAUCCCAUGCAUUCGGUCGUGUUCUCUUAUUAGUAAGCAUUAGCUCUCUAAGUCCCAUUAGCUCCACUGAGACCUGGGGCUUUGCCUGUGGGGACAGUGAUGGAGGAGCCAACAAACGUCUGGGGGCCUGAUCCUGCAGCCAGUGAUGUCCGUGAUGCCCCAUGUGGCUGUGGGUCUGAUCCUGGCCCCGCAGGAUCGGAGCCAUCACAGCUCAGUGCUUUCCACCGCUGCACUCCCAGCCCCCUUCCCAAGCCCCGAGCGGCUCCGAGCGGGAUCCCUCCAGAGCCGAUGCAAACUUGGGGCUGGCCCCAUUUGGCGUCUUGCUGCUUUAUUAAGGCAACUGUUUUCUUGUGCACAAAUGCAUAUGUUACAUUCAAACCCACCUCUCCCUCCACCAGGUUUUGCCUGUAACCCCGUGGUCAUCCCCAGGGCGGUACUUUGCUAGAGCAUCUCAAGCCUUGGAUUUACAAUUAAUUGACUGCUUCUCUUUAAUAAAAUUAUUCCUGCCCUCUUUAAAUAGCACAAUAUGUCAGAGAAAGCCGGUGGGUCCAUUCGUGAAGAUGAGGCAGCUCAGAGAGGAAAAAGAGGAGGAAAAAAAAAAAGUAAAACCACACAUCUCCCCAAACCCCUUCUGCGUAAUCCAACUGAAUUAGAGGAUUUCGAAGUGGAUUUAAAACUAAAUCUUGAUUAGGGAGAAUUUCUCUCCAAGAGCUGCUGCACAGUAGUAUUAAUGGGAAGUGAUCGUGGACAGAGGAAAUAGGACAGAAAUAACCGAGGGUAGCACAUACGCACUCACGUCUGUGCAUGAAGUGAAAGAAUCAGAGAAUUUCUCAAGAGGCAAAGGGAGAAAUUAAGCAUCGACAUAACAAGACUGGGCUCCACGGGGCUGGCCAGAGGAAGCGGGGAGCGGCCAGAUCCCUGCUGCGCCCUUUAUUCUGGUGGAGGGUUUUGCGGGUGAAACGCAAGAGGUGUGCACGACCGGGGGAAAGAGCCAGGAGGAGAGACGGUCUCUGCCCGCUCCCCCAGACACCGGUGUUCGUCCCCCGAGCCCCGGGUGGGCAGUGGGAGCUGACCCCCAUGCUCUCAGGACACAUGCCUGGAGGUGCCCAUGGGAUCCUCUCUCUGAUAACCGUGGUGUUCGUCCUCCCAGAGGUGUCCGGGCUCCAGUGUUAUGGCUGCAACAUCAUCGUUGGCACCAAAAACGUGGACAUGGGGUGCUCUAACCCAGAAGUGAUCACCUGCUCCCACUCCCACCAGGGCUUCAAACACCGGUUCUGCAUUAAGACAGAGAGCGUGGUCCUGGGCAUCCUGCUGACCAGCGGCUGUGCCACCUCCCGUCACUGCCAGCAGCAGGAGCUGCCGGGGGUCCGCAUCCACUGCUGCGACACAGACCUCUGCAACGGUUCCCCCAGAGCCCCCCGGCCGCCCCUCGGCCUCGCCGGCGGCUGCAUCCUCCUGCCCUCCCUCCUUGCCGCCCUGCUCCUCUCCUGAACCCCCCCAGGGCUGGGGGGGGAGGCGUGGGACCCUCGGGGAGGGGGGGCUGGAAGCAGGGGUACCCCUAUACCUGCUCUUAAAGGUGGAGCAGGACACCCUUCUCUCCCCUCUCCUCAAUAAAAGGUGCCGAAUGCUUUGCCCUGGAAAA